GCCAGCAUUGACUUCAUCAAUGCUACCUACAUCACCAGCAUCACCAGCACCUCGGGCACCAUCAUCACGCUAUCCUCUUCCCUCCACGUUUCCCUCGUAAUCGUUCACUCGUUCAUUGCCUGGCGGCCCACGAACCACAUCCACCUAUGCUACCUUAUCCUUGCCUUGCCGUGGCCUUUUACUGGUCUUGCCCCUCCUCUUGACAUCUUGACCUUGUUUCCUUGAGCCCCUCACAGUAUCCAUCAUAUAGGCCUCUUGGGUGCAGCUAGCCAACCUGGCGCCUCGUCAGUCGUCUAGUAACGAAACACUGCACCAGGAUUCUGCCUGGCGUAAGUUCUGCAGCUGGAUCCCAGGAACUGAUCAGUACAGAACGCGAGUCAAGCUGUCGGCCAAGUCGCGCACUCCCCUCCUAUACCUUGCCUCUGGCCUGGUUCUGCUGUUGCUUCUCCUCGUACAGCUAUUUUCGUCACGCAACGUCCAACCUCCUCGCCCUCUCCGAAAGCCUGAGCUGCCUAAGAACACCCUCAGUCCUUUCGGCGAAAGUGUGUAUAAGCAAGAGGCGUAUUACGAACAAUUAGAACCGGGAACACAGUGCAAACCCAAGUCGUUGUUUUCAGCUGAGUUGCCUGUCACACACGGCUUGACCAACAUGGCUCUCGAGGCAGAGGCCAAGCGUAUGAUUGCGGACUUCGAGUAUAGCACGGAGGAUGUGAACAAGGGUGUCAAGGAGUUUAUUCGGGAGAUGCAAGAAGGUCUAGAGAAGGAGGGUGCUACGUUGAGCCAGAUCCCAACCUAUGUCACAUCAGUCCCCAAUGGCACGGAAAAGGGCGUAUACUUGGCAGUUGACUUGGGAGGCACCAACUUUCGAGUAUGCUCGAUAACCCUGCACGGGAAUCAGUCGUUCUCGUUACAGCAGUCCAAGGUCGCGGUUCCGCGCUCCUUGAUGGAGGCUAAGACUGCCCACGACCUGUUCCAUUUCCUUGCUCAGCAGAUCGAAGCAUUCCUCAAAACGCAUCACGAAGACCAUUUCGAGAAGCACCGCAACGAUCCGGUGGAACAGGAGUUUUUCGACCUGGGUUUCACAUUCAGCUUUCCUGUGAAUCAAAUAGGUAUCAACAAGGGCAAGCUCAUGAGGUGGACCAAAGGAUUCGAUAUCCCAGAGGCUAUCGGCAUGGAUGUUUGCGAGUUGCUACAGAAAGAGAUUGACGCUCUGAAACUUCCCGUUCGGGUCGCAGCGUUGGUCAACGACACGGUGGGCACUUUGAUGGCAAGAUCAUAUACCUCUCCUGGCAAGACCAAGACCUUGAUCGGUGCCAUCUUUGGCACGGGCACAAAUGGAGCAUACGUUGAGAAGCUGGACCGAGUCAAAAAGAUGAAAGCGGUUGACGAAGCCGGUGGUGGCACAAACUACGACAAGUCAACAGGCCUCAUGGUCAUCAACUCAGAAUGGGGCAGUUUUGACAACGGGCUCAAAGUUCUACCCAACACCCAAUUCGAUAUAGAUCUGGAUCGGGAAUCGGUGAAUCCUGGAAUCCAGAUGUUUGAGAAGCGAGUGUCCGGCAUGUUCCUCGGCGAGAUCCUAAGGCGGGCACUUCUGAGCCUACAUCAACAUCCUGACGCGGGCGUCGCACUAUUCAGAGACGUGACCUCGCACGACAACGACAUCAGAAGUACAACAACUGUGGCAGAGGACAGUGCAUUGUUUCAGCAAUGGGGUAUCGACACAUCGUUCCUAUCCAUUGUGGAGGAAGAUCAAUCCGAUCAUUUACGAAUUACCAAACAAACCCUCGAGAAGGAGUUGAACAUUGGGGCCGCAUCCACAGAAGACUGUGUGGCUGUCAAGAUGCUCGUGCAUGCCAUCGGUAAGAGAGCAGCCCGGCUGAGUGCGGUCGCACUCGCUGGUGUGAUCAUUUCGACGAACAAAUUACAGGAGGACGAGAUCGUUGAUGUGGGUGUGGACGGGAGCUUGGUCGAAUACUACCCAGGCUUCGAGGAGUAUAUUCGUGAAGCUUUCCGGGAGAUCGAGGGCAUCGGCGAAGAUGAGAAGCGUAUCAGAAUCGGCCUUGCAAAAGAUGGCAGUGGUUUAGGUGCUGCUCUCAUUGCAUUGGUUGCGCACGACUCUGCUGUGGCGCUGUAGUGGAAUCGUUCUCAAAAUGAGACGACGGUAAUAUAUGCAUUAAAUAGCAUCUUUGGCAUGAUUACACAUGAGAGAACAGAGUUUCUGAUGACUUUCAAUCGAACCGUGUGAAGAGCC